GAGUCGUUCAAGGAACAAGGAAACGCAUACUAUGCCAAGAAAGAUUACAAUGAAGCGUACAACUAUUACACAAAAGCCAUAGAUACCUGUCCUGAUAACGCCAGUUAUUAUGGGAACAGAGCUGCCACACUCAUGAUGUUGGGGAGAUUCCGAGAAGCUCUUGGAGAUGCUCAGCAGUCUGUCAGAUUGGAUGAUAGCUUUGUACGGGGCCAUUUGCGGGAAGGGAAGUGCCACCUUUCCCUAGGGAAUGCCAUGGCUGCCAGCCGCUGCUUUCAACGAGUUCUAGAACUGGAUCAUAAGAAUACCCAGGCGCAGCAAGAGCUGAAGAACGCCAGUACUGUGCUUGAGUAUGAAAAAAUAGCUGAAGUGGAUUUUGAGAAACGGGAUUUCAGGAAGGUUGUAUUUUGCAUGGAUCGUGCUUUGGAGUUUGCUCCUGCUUGUCACCGGUUCAAGAUCCUCAAGGCUGAAUGUUUAGCGUUGUUGGGGCGCUACCCAGAAGCACAGUCUGUAGCAAGUGACAUCUUACGAAUGGACUCUACAAAUGCAGACGCUCUGUAUGUCCGAGGUCUCUGCCUUUAUUACGAGGACUGUAUUGAGAAAGCAGUGCAGUUCUUUGUCCAGGCACUCAGAAUGGCUCCUGAUCAUGAGAAAGCAUGUCUUGCCUGCCGUAAUGCCAAAGCACUUAAAGCAAAGAAAGAAGAUGGGAAUAAAGCAUUCAAGGAAGGAAACUACAAACUAGCAUAUGAACUAUACACAGAGGCACUAGGAAUAGAUCCAAAUAACAUAAAAACAAAUGCCAAACUCUACUGCAACCGGGGGACGGUUAAUUCAAAGCUUAGGAAACUUGAAGAAGCAAUAGAUGACUGCACGAAUGCAGUGAAACUGGAUGACACCUAUAUCAAGGCAUACUUGAGGAGAGCACAGUGUUACAUGGACACAGAACAAUAUGAAGAUGCUGUAAGAGACUAUGAAAAGGUUUAUCAGACAGAAAAAACAAAAGAACACAAGCAGCUUCUAAAGAAUGCACAAGUGGAACUGAAAAAGAGCAAACGGAAAGACUACUACAAAAUCCUUGGGGUUGACAAAAAUGCCUCUGAAGAUGAGAUCAAGAAGGCUUACAGGAAAAGAGCACUAAUGCAUCAUCCAGACCGACACAGUGGGGCAAGUGCGGAAGUACAGAAGGAAGAGGAGAAGAAAUUUAAGGAGGUUGGUGAAGCCUUUACCAUCCUGUCAGAUCCCAAGAAGAAGGCCCGCUAUGACAGUGGGCAGGAUCUAGAUGAAGAUGGAUUGAACAUGGGAGACUUUGAUGCAAAUAACAUCUUCAAGGCCUUCUUUGGUGGGCCAGGUGGCUUCAGCUUUGAAGCUUCUGGGCCUGGAAAUUUCUUUUUCCAGUUUGGCUAACAAAACCAACCCCACGCAUACCUGAUCUGCUUAUUUUAACCUUGAACAUGGACGUACUUAGACUCCUUCCUUCAUCAUGUCUCAUGUACCUAGAGCAGUUUCAUUUUCCUCGGUUGGAGACCUCUGUUUGUGUGCUUUUGUGUGUGAAGAGGAAACCAGCUCGGGAGGGGAAGGCUUGUGAAUUUUGUUUUACUGUUAACUUUAUUAAAAAAAAAAAAAAUAAAGCUUUGAAUC